AUACCCUCUUUUUUUUUUUUCUUGUUUACAUAUAUAUCACUCUUAGUUUUACUCUCUCUCUCUUUCUCAUACUUAUUUCUACAUUAUAUAUAUAUAUAUACAUCCACAUACAUACAUACGAAUAUAUACACCAUCUAAUUCUUUUCUUUUUUUAUUUUUCUGAAACAAACAAAGGAUGGAAGAUCUUAUUCAACUAACCAACAAGUUACAAACAGUGGUAUCAUCCAUUAGUGCACAUGAAACACUCGAUUUACCUCAAAUAGUGGUGAUUGGUUCUCAGUCUAGUGGCAAGUCGUCUGUCUUGGAAACCAUUGUUCAAAGAGAUUUUUUACCUCGUGGUAGUGGUAUAGUCACUCGACGACCUUUGAUUCUUCAACUUAUUACAAGUCGUUCAACCGAUGCUGUGGAAUAUGGUGAAUUCUUACAUACUCAAGAUAAAAAAUUUUUUGACUUUGCCGAGAUUCGUAGGGAAAUAGAAAGGGAAACAAGUCGAUUGGCUGGGGACAACAAAGGGAUUUCUCGUAUGCCCAUUCAUCUACGUAUUUAUUCUCCCAAAGUAUUAACUUUGACAUUGGUGGAUUUACCUGGUUUGACAAAGAUCCCUAUAGGUGAUCAACCUACUGAUAUUGAAAAGCAAAUUCGAAGUCUUUUGAUGGAUUAUAUUUCCAAACCCAACAGUAUUAUCUUGGCAGUGACACCUGCAAACAUGGAUUUGGUGAAUUCUGAUAGUUUGAAAUUAGCUAGACAAGUAGAUCCUGAAGGAAAACGUACUAUUGGUGUCUUGACAAAAUUGGAUUUGAUGGAUGCUGGGACAAAUGCUUUGGAUGUAUUGACUGGAAGAUCUUAUCCUUUAAAACUUGGAUUUAUUGGUAUUGUGAAUCGUAGUCAACAAGAUAUAUUGACCAAUAAACCUAUGGCUGAUGCACUCAAGGCGGAAAACGACUUUUUUAGACAACAUCCUUCUUAUCGAGCCAUUGCAGGAAGAUGUGGAACUCAAUAUCUUUCAAAACAACUCAAUCAAAUCUUGUUCAAUCAUAUCAAAGAUAAAUUACCUGAACUUCGAACUAAACUUAGUUCAUUGAUCAGUCAAACUCAACAUGAACUUUCACAAUAUGGUGAUCCUGUUUUAACAACUGGAACAAUGCAUAGAGGAUCACUGAUUUUACGACUCUUGACUAAAUUUGCCAAUGAUUUUGUUGCUGCUAUUGAUGGUACAUCUUCUGAAAUGUCAACCAAGGAAUUAUGUGGUGGAGCUCGGAUAUACUUUAUUUUCAACAAUGUAUUUGGAAAUGCUCUCAUUGCUAUCCCUCCUUGUGCUAAUUUGACCAAUACCGAUAUCCGAACUGCUAUUCGUAACUCUACCGGUCCUAGACCUUCAUUGUUUGUCCCAGAAAUUGCUUUCGAUCUUUUGGUGAAACCUCAAAUCAAGUUAUUGGAAACUCCCAGUUUACGAUGUGUAGAACUUGUUUAUGAAGAAUUGAUGAAGAUUUGUCAUAAUUCAGGUGACAAGGAAUUGAUGCGAUACCCCAAAUUACAUGCAAAAUUAGUUGAGGUGGUAGCGGAAUUAUUACGCGAAAGAUUAGGUCCAACCUCUAGUUAUGUUGAAAGUCUGAUUGCCAUUGAACGUGCCUAUAUCAAUACCAAUCAUCCUGAUUUUAUGGGUGCAGCUGGAGCCAUGUCGAAUUUGGAAUCUGAAUCAAGAAAGAAAAAGAAACAAGAUAGUAGUAGAAGAAAAAUCACUCGACAACCAAGCAUGAACAGUGUAUCAAGUGCUGUCAAAGCCAAUGGAUCUGUUUUUGAUGAUGACAACAAAUCAACUAUUGAUCAUCAUUCUGCGUACAAAGAAAAUGGACAGGUACAUAAUGAUUCAUUCCUCAACUACUUUUUCGGUGGUGCAGGUAAAACGGAAAGGCCAGCUUUGGGAUCUCCUGAAAUGACAAGUAUGCAACAACAUUACGCUCCUACCAUGUCAGUCAGUAGUUUGAUGGAAAAUGAAAUUGAAAAGAAAAUGGAACAUGUGACGAUUCAAAACGGCAAUGGUGAAGAAACAACUUAUCCUGUAUCUGAUAGGGAAGAGAUUGAAACUCAACUCAUUCGUACAUUGAUCACCAAUUACUUCAACAUUGUUCGAAAAAAUAUUCAAGAUCUGGUACCCAAAUCUAUUAUGCAUCUUUUAGUCAAUCAUUCAAGAGAAUCUGUACAAAAUCGAUUAGUGACAUCUUUGUAUAAACGAGAAUUGUUUGAUGAACUAUUACAAGAAGAUGAAGCUAUGGCAGCUGAACGAUCAAAAUGCAAGCAACUAUUAGACGUAUACAAACAAGCUUUUGAUAUAGUGAAUAGUGCAGUUUGAUAAUAUAUAUAGUUUAUCUUUUUACCUUAGUAUCCAUUUUAGAAUAGCUUGAUUUUGAUGAAAUAAACGAAUGUUACACAAUAGUUGAAAAACCC